AUGGAGACAGAAACUCUAAAUAUUUCCACAGGUCCAAAAGAUGUGGAUGUCUGUUUGAAUCAUGUCCAUCACAGAGUAGAUAGAGAGAUGAACUCCAAGCUAUCCAAACAGUUUACAGCAGAAGAGAUAAAGGAUGCUCUUUUUCAGAUGAAUCCUAUGGGUGCUCCUGGCCCAGAUGGUUUUUCAGCCUUGUUUUACCAGUCUCAUUGGGAAGUCAUAGGAGAGGAUAUCACUAAAGCAGCCCUGGAAAUAUUAAAUGAAGGUGGUGAGAUUGCUCCUAUUAAUAAUACCUUCAUUGUCUUAAUGCCAAAAAUCAAGAAUCCUCAGAAAGUACUCGAAUAUAGGCCUAUCUACCUCUGUAAUGUCAUCUACAAAGUGGUCUCAAAAGUUCUAUCCAACAGGCUGAAGGAGAUCCUUCCUCUCAUCAUUGCCACUACACAAAGGGCUUUUAUCCCCGGGAGGAUGAUCCUUAAUAAUGUCAUUGUAGCCUUUGAAACUCUUCACUCAAUGUCCACUAAAGGCAAAGGGCAGCAAGGUUACAUGGCUAUUAAAUUGGACAUGAGUAAGGUCUAUGAUAGGGUGGAGUGGGAGUUCUUGAGGAAGGUCAUGGCAAAAAUGGGAUUCAAUAGUAGAUGGAUUAGACUAAUCAUGGGAAAACUCAGCAUCAACCAUUUAUUUUUUGUAGAUGAUAGUUUGCUCUUCUGUCGAGCAAAUGCAAGAGAGUGGUCCUCUAUCUAUUUUCUGUUAAACCUCUAUGAAGAAGCCUCUGGCCAGAAACUAAAUAAGACAAAAACCUCUAUCUUCUUCAGCCCAAACACUAAACCAGCCACAAAAGAAUACAUCUUAAGCCUUGCAGGUACUAGAUCUUCAUCUUGUUAUGAAAAGUACCUUGGACUACCAGCUCUCAUAGGUAGAUCCAAGAAGGCUGCCUUCAAGAGCAUCAUCGAUAGAAUCAAAUCAAGAGUAGGAAAUUGGAAAAAUAAAUUCCUCUCUCAUGCAGGCAAGGAAAUACUUCUUAAGGCUGUGGUACAGGCCCUCCCUACUUAUUGCAUGGGGGUCUUCAAAAUGCCCAAAUCCUUGCUCAGUGAUAUUAACAGAAUCAUGCAGCAAUUCUGGUUAGGCCAUCUACAAAAUGAAAGAAAGGUGCACUGGGUGUCUUGGGGUCAGAUGGGAAGAUCGAAAGCUACAGGAGGACUGGGGUUUAGAGACCUUGAGGUUUUUAAUUUGACAUUGCUGGCAAAGUAA